AUGGCUUCGAAUAUUCCUACACGGCGUGUAACGCGGACAACUCGUACGACAACUCUUAAAGAUAACGAGAAUGCCAAUGCUCGUCCAUCGCGUCUUACUGCCCGAGUGAAACCCCCAUCAUCGAAUGGCUCUGCAAAGGCGAACGGUAAUGAUGAGAACAAGGUCAAUCUCGCCGCUCAAGGGAAGAGAAAGCGUGAGGCUCUGGGAGAAGUCACGAGAUUUGUGAACAAGAACAAAACCACUAAUGUUCCAGCUAAGGAAGUCAAAGGGAAGAGGAAAGAAGCUGAUCCCGUCAAGGAGGUUAAGGAGAAAUUUGAUGGCGUCGUGAUCAAGUCAAAACCGUCCCUGGUUGCUGCAGCAAGGCAACCAUUGUGCACUGUCUCAGGUUCUACGACACGUCUUGCCACAAGGAGUACAGUUGUGGCACCUCAAGUGCAGAAUCUGGACAAGGUGAAGGAGGAGUCUGGAAAGGUUGCAGAUGAAGAUGCCAUGGCAAUCGAUGACCAUCCAACUACCAAUGCAGCUCCCUCAGCAGAACCUCAGCCACGCCGGGUCUCGACGAGACGUUCCAACUCGCCUGCCAACUCGGCCCCCGCAAAGCACGAGGAUGACGUCGAGGACAAUCGUGUCUUCAAGAAGCGGCGCACGUCCUCAGACAUCCCUGACGAAGUGAAACUCUUCGAACAAGAACAGUUACAACAGGAAGCCGAAGAAGCUGCUCUUGAAGCUUACGCAGAUAGUGAACCAGAGGCAGAUCCCUACGGUGACCAAUGGGAUGACCUCGAUGCCGAGGAUGCAGACGACCAUUUGAUGGUUAGCGAGUAUGUGAUUGAGAUCUUUAACUACAUGAAAGAGAUCGAGCUUACCACUAUGCCCAACCCGAACUACAUGGAAAGCCAGAAAGAGCUUGCGUGGAAGAUGCGUGGAAUCCUCACUGACUGGCUGGUCCAAGUCCACGUCCGUUUUCGUCUUUUGCCAGAAACGCUGUUCUUGUGCGUUAACCUUAUCGAUCGAUUCCUUUCCGCACGCGUCGUUUCCCUUGCAAAGUUGCAACUAGUCGGUAUCACUUGCCUUUUUGUCGCGGCAAAGGUUGAAGAAAUUGUGGCUCCAUCCGUUGCGCACUUCUUGUACUGUGCCGAUUCUUCGUACACUUAUCUUCGCCAACGUCUCUUGUUGAAAACGGGAGGGCUCUCUGCGAGUUUUGGCGAAUACAACUUUGACCUUUCCGAUAGGAAACUAUUCAAGUUUGCUUUAGAUCCUCCUACUUUAGCGUCGGAGGAACAAGGAAGGCUUGGCUCGUGGGCUCGGGAUCUCAAGGACUGGGGGGCAAGCCCGGGCGUUACGGACUGGGACUACUUCACGCUAGAUGAUUUAUCUAGCUUUGAAAGCACAGACUUUGAAUAUUUGUCUGUUUAUUUUCAUAGUUAUGACCGAAAACGCCCGGGGAAAAUAAACAGACACGAGUCCGAAAUACAAGAUCCUGAACCGCUCACAGAUGAGGCUAGGACUUCUCGAUGUAGAGCUCGAUCUCUUUCACAAGAACCGUCUCCAAAUGAUUUGGUAAGGCCAUCUAAAAGGACCCAUUAUGACAUCUCUCCACUUUUCACAGUGAUACCUCAGGUUCGUGGUCUUUUGGCUUAG